AUGACCACCCUUGUCUGGUACAUGUUGGACAUCAAGUGCAACUUACCUCCUUUGGAAAAUGGAUAUGAGAAAGAUGUUGGCAGCAAAACUAGCCUUGUGACAGCAAAUCCAAGCAUCAUUUUCCAAAAGUAUGGUGCGCUGACUGGACGUCGCCUUCCAUUUGUGGAGAGUCUGCACAAGUACGGCAACUCUCUGCUGCUCCUUCCUGCCUUCUCCUUUGGCAGGAAUACUGCUAUGUGUCAGCGGGCUGCAUAUACAAUAGAGGACUUUGAAAGCCCUAUUCGACCUGUUUUCUCCAACGCUCAGUACCUCCACAGUCUGGAUCAAUUCUGGAGCUCUGAAGGCCUGAAAGAAAGGCGGCUCAGCACUGGAUUCAUUAUGGUUAGCAUGGCCCUGGAAUUGUGUGAAAAUGUACAUCUGUAUGGAUUCUGGCCCUUUAGUAACCACCCAUAUGACCUCUAUACCCUGACUAACCACUACUAUGAUGAUGUACCGGUUAAAACGUUUUUUCACGCAAUGCCGGCUGAGUUUGAACACUUGUUGCAGCUGCACACUGAAGGGGUACUCAGGCUUCACCUGGGAGACUGUAAAUCAGAUAAAAAAUAGUUCCCAGGGAUAGACAACAGCACAGAAGCAAAGUACAGAGUCAAAUGCCUUCUCUAUAGCCUCAGGAUGAAUCCAGUAACUUUUUUGCCUUUAUAAGGCCAUUGCUCUGUACAUUUUAGUGCUUUAUUACAAAUAUCUCUCACCCUGUAUUCUGAAAUACCUCAAUUACAUUCUCUUGAUUUUUAGAAAACAAAACUCUAAGGACUAUUUUGACAAUAUCUUAAAAAAUGUAACCAUGAAAAAUACUUUGGUACCAGCAGAAGAUAAAUGUAUAGUGCCUGAUAAAAGUGCAAAAAUCAUAUCACACAACUACCACAUUUGUCUGAUUUUAAGUGAGAUUCAUGCUUCUGUGUUAAAUCUGCACCACAGGUAAUGUACAGCAUAACUUCAAACCUCCCUGAAACCCAAUGCCAUAAUUCAGUAACUGAGCCUGCACCUCCAUUGAAAUUAAAUUAAACACUGAGUGGAUGAAGUC